AUGUCGAAUCCACGUACCGUCACGGCCCUCAAGCGAUGGAGCUGCCAGGACCAGCAGCUUCCGCCGGUUGAUCAGAUCAAGGCCAUCCAUGUCUACGACUUCGACAACACCUUGUUCUCCUCCCCACUCCCGAACAAGCAGCUCUGGAAUGCCGGCACCUGUGGUCAACUGCAGGCCCAAGACUUUCUGCACGGCGGCACUGGCGGCUGGUGGCAUAACCCGAACAUCCUUGCCGCGACCGGCGAGGGACUCGAGAAAGAGGAGGCCAAGGCAUGGGAGGGCAGCUGGAAUGAGAAGAUUGUGGAGCUCGUACAACUGUCGAUGCAGGACAGCUCGGCGCUGAACGUCCUGCUCACUGGCCGCGCCGAGGAUGGGUUCGCCGAGCUUAUUGGCAGGAUGGUGGCUGCAAAGGGAUUGGAGUUCGAUAUGGUGUGCUUGAGACCGACCGCCGGACCAAACGGCGAGUUCUUCUCAAGCACCAUGGUUUUCAAGCAGGCGCUGCUGCAGGACAUUGUCCUGACCUACACCGAUGCCGAAGAGCUCCGCAUCUACGAGGACCGUCCCAAGCACGUCAAGGGUUUUCGCGAUUUCUUCGAAGACUUUAACCGCUCGCUCAUGUCGAUGGGCCCCACCGGACGCAAGCCGUUCACCGCUGAGGUCAUUCAAGUCAGCGAGCAGGACAGCUUCAUGGACCCUGAGACUGAAGUUGCCGAAAUCCAGAAGAUGAUCAACGCCAACAACCAAGCCAUUCAUGAUGGCAUCGCCCCUUCACACGCCGCACCGUACAAGAUCAAGAAGUCCGUGUUCUACACUGGCUACAUGAUUGCACAACCCGAUGUCGACAAGCUUCGAUCGCUGGUCAAGCUCCCGGCUAACUGCCCUGAUCAUGAACUGCGGUAUCUUGCCAACAACAUCAUCAUUACCCCACGACCAGCGCCGCCUUCGAUCUUGCAGAAGGUUGGCGGUAUCAAUGCGAAGAUGAGUUGGAAGGUGACUGGUAUCGCUGUUAUGGAGAACAAGGUCUGGGCUGCGCGUGUGCAGCCGGCUGUCCUAGGUGCCAAGAUCUACACUGAAAACCACACCCCUUGUGUGGUCCUUGCGACUCGGCGACAGGCGAAGCCCAUCGAAGCAACUCGGAUCCAGAGCUGGCAGCCGGUACCAGAAAACCAAGCGUUUGAGUUGGAGACGACAGUGAAGGAGAAGGUGCUGUUGAGGAUAGAGAAGGAGGUGGAUAAUGAAGAUACCUACGAGGCAUCCUUCCCGAACGCUAAGAACGCUCGGAAGCACCCUCGUGAGGAGGACUUUCCACCUCUCGGCAGCAAGAGUGGCAAGCCGGCUCGACCUCAACAGCGUCAGAACCCUCAGCACGGCAACUCUGCAUGGCAGAACAAGCCAAAUGGUGGUGGCUUCGGUGGAGGACGAGGUGGCAACGCUGGACGGGGCGGCGGUGGACGAGGAGGUGGUCAGCAGAACUUUCCGCGCCGAGGCCGCGGUGAUGCUCGCGGGGGCGGGCGUGGCCGAGGAAGAGGUGGAUAUCGGAGCCUCGACGACAAUGUCGGGCAGGGAUAUGGCAGCGGCGGGAUGCAAUACUAG